CUCUGUGAGAUCCUCAUUGCUCAUGAGAACACAGGUCAACGACCCCAAAACCAAUGACGUCACGGAGGACGAUGAGACUCGACGAGGGCCAAGAAUAACUUCCGGCGGGAGUUAUGAGCGACUUCCGGCACCGUCGAAAGGGCAUAUCAAAAACUCGGAACGCGAGAGAAAAUCGAGGGUUUUACCGAAACAAACCCAAGACGAUUACGUCAUUCGUUUCAGCGCGGAUCAGAUGGAGAGCUUGCGACAGAUGUUGCAAGACACGGCCUCAGGGUCGCUUGUUGAGCAGGACAGAGAGACAGAACAAGACGCAGAUUUUGACGAUGUGAUGUGGUCGUCGUCGCCUUUGAAACGAGAACGCCGAGCUGUGCCAAGUGGCAGCAGCAACGACAACAGCAGCAGCAGCAGCAACAGCAGUGUCAACAACAACAACGCGACGACAGGGGACGAAGGAUUUAACAGAAGCUACGAGAACUACGAGUGCUACAUCAUGACCAAAGACGAGCUAUCCGCCCUCAUCGGUCUAGCUGUAGCCGAAGCCACGUCCGAGAAGACCCGGUCCCUUCCCUCCAACGUCCACACGAUGGUGGACUGGCUGGCCUACACCGAGAUCGUCUGCCUCGUCUACUUCACCCUCGAGUACUUCGUCCGCCUCCUCUUCGCGCCCCGUCGUCUCCGCUACCUGGUGUCUUUCUUUGCCCUACUCGACCUCUUCUCCCUGGUUGUGAUGUACGUGGUGGCAGUCUGGGACCGGCUGGACCCCAAGAUGAAAUACAAGAACAGCUUCCUGGACUUCAUCAACUGCUGCCAGAUGGUCCGAGUCCUUCGCUUCUUCCGGCUGGUCAAGGACGUGACCAGCUUCCGGGUCCUCCUCUUCUCCAUCCGCAGCUCCUACAAAGACCUCCUCCUCCUCCUCGUCUACAUCUUCAUCGCCGUGUUCACCUUCUCCUCGCUCAUCUUCGUCUGCGAGCGCCAGCACAUGAAGUCCAUCCCGGACGCCUGCUGGUGGGUGGUCGUCACCAUGACAACGGUGGGCUACGGCGACAUGGUGCCCUACUCGUUGCAGGGGAAGCUGGUGGGCAGCGCAUGCGCGCUGAGCGGGGUGUUGCUGAUCGCCGUGACGGUGCCCGUGUUCGUCAACAACUUCCUGCUGUACCACGAGCAGUCCAAACUGAGCGGUGUCGGAGACCAAACCAAGGGGGAGACAACCACGACGUCACACCGCCAGGAGAAUCGAACCCCGACCAAAGGGCUGCUUGCACAGACCAGCUUCGAAUCCGCCCCGGCCACACCCACCAGUCCCGUCGAUCCCACCACCACCAAUCCUAUGUCGCCUCGUCCGCCCUCCUCCACCACACCUCUAGCUCCGCCCACCACCACCAACAACACCCACCAGGGCAGGGAGAAAAACAUAAAGACAGCUUUCAGCACGCCGCGUCGAUCUGGCUCGACCACCCAGGGUCAGUUCCGACCUAUGACGUCACUGUCCAGGAAGUCGGACGCGUCCCUGUCCAAAGUGAGUCCGUAUGUGGGAUGACGGAGAGGAGAACAGGC